AUGGCCAGACCAUCCCCCGAACACUUGUCCUCCUUCGCCAACCACAGCAGCAAUAAUCAUGGCCCAACAAACAACGAAAAGCAGCAGGCGGUAGCAGUAGCAGAAGCGAUAGCAACCUCGUCCCUGCUCCAACCACGCAUGGCUGUAGUCCUCGGUGUCCCCGCGCGCUGGCACCCUUUCCUCUUCGCCUGCCGUCUUCUCUCGAUUGCCCCGACGCUAUGGUGGGGGGUCCGCUGUGCACUGGGGUUCUUGGUCGCCGAUUUCCUCGAGAACGGAUUAUGGAGCGGGGAGAACGAUCAUGUUGAUGGAAGAGGAGGAGGAAGUACCAAGAUAGAUAACAGAGGAGAGAGACGGUUGAUGUUGACAGAGACAGCGUUGGCUAUUAUAUGGUGCGCCGCAUCCGCCUACCUCUCCUACUUCUUCACCGACUGCCUCAUGUCCCGCUGGCUCCUAAACUACACCCCGCAAGCAACCAUCGUUCGUCUCCUAACCCUCUCCUCCAUCUUCGCCUUCGUAGCCAGCAACGCCGUGUCCCUGACAGGCGGCACCGCCGACCCUUCCUUACUCCUACCCGCCUGGAUUGGCAUGGCUUGGACCCUGACAGCGUGCUACCACUUCACCCAGCGCAAGAUCAACAUCCGUAAGGAGACCUCGGCCAGCAUCUCCGUUUUCUCUCUUGCUAGUUUCGUCAGCAUGGUAGCGCUGUUGGUGCAUUUGCAUUUGAUGAAGGAUGAGUACCCCCCUGUGCCGCUGUGGGGAUGGCUAAGGCGGGCGGGCGAGAUUGCAGGGAGAAUUUUGGUGGCGGUUUUGGAUGUCAAGAGGCGAAGGGAUUUGGAGGUGUAA